AUGAAUGUGGUCCUUUUCUCAGGAGCCUUCCUGAUUCCCUACCUGGUGUUUGUGGGUCUCUGUUCUCUCCCGCUAUACUUCCUGGAGGUCGUCAUCGGGCAGUACUACCAGAGGGGUCCUGUUGAGGUGUGGAAAUUUUGUCCAGCCAUGAAAGGUCUGGGUUUUGGGUCGGCGUUGGUGUCGUGGGUGUACGCCAUGUACACGUCCAUGUACUUCUCCUGGUAUCUCUACUACUUCUUCAACUCCUUCUUCAACCCCCUGCCCUGGUCCACCUGUGGCAACCCCUGGAACACGCCCAGCUGCGUGGAGUCGACGCUGUAUGGGCACCAAGGGAUGAACACCACAGUGAAUGGCACUGUUCCACUGCGAGCUCCCAUUAACACGACACAGUCGGGUCACCUGAAUGGAUCCACUGAUGGCGUCAGUGUUGCGAGUGCCACUGAAGAAUUCUGGAGGUUUAAUGCACUGGAAAUCUCGAAUGGUCUCGACCAUGCAGGUUCCAUUCGGUGGCCAUUGUUUGGAUGUCUGGCCUUGACCUAUGUGGCCAUGUAUUUCAUGCUGCUCAGAGGAAUUCGAGUGACGGGGAAGAUUGUGUACGUGACAUUUAUGUUACCCCUCAUCCUGUGUACCGUCAUACUCAUCCGUGGGUCCUUGUUGCCAGGGGCACUAGACGGACUUCUGUACAUGAUCAAGCCGGACUUUGGAAAGCUGAAAAGCCCAACAAUGUGGAUCGAGGCCUGUGGUUACGCUCUUCAUUCCAUGGGGACCAGUAAGGGCAUUGCGAAUACAGUGUCCAGUCACAACCAGCCAAACAGCAACUGCUACAGGUGA